GGUUGUGAAAUUUUACAUACUAGGCAGCUUUCAGUGGGACUGGUACUGGUACUGAUCCUCAACAGGCAACGGUAACCAUGCAACAUAACGUAAACACUAUAAGAACCUCGUCCGAUGGAGCCUGGCAAGGCGACAAUCCUCUAAACCACGCCUUCCCAUUACUUAUCGUUCAAACAAUCUUGGUUCUCUUCACCAGCCGCUUCCUUGCCUUUCUUCUCAAACCUCUACGCCAGCCCAAAGUCGUUGCCGAAAUUGUUGGUGGAAUUUUGCUUGGCCCGUCUGCUUUAGGCCGUAACAAAGAUUUCUUGAACUUGGUUUUCCCUUCGUGGAGUACACCAAUACUCGAAUCCGUGGCAAGUAUUGGUCUUCUCUUCUUUCUCUUCCUAGUGGGACUUGAACUUGAUCUAAGCACAAUAAGUCAAAGCGGUAGAAAAGCUUUUAGCAUAGCCAUAGCUGGGAUGUCUCUCCCUUUCAUUUUCGGAGCUGGACUUUCCUUCUUUCUCCGAAAAGCUGUAAAUGGAGAGGAUAAGGUAGGUAAUGGCCAGUUCAUCUUAUUCCUAGGCGUGGCUCUUUCCAUCACAGCUUUUCCUGUCCUCGCCCGCAUUCUAGCAGAGCUCAAGCUACUAACGACGCAUGUGGGCCAAACCGCCAUGGCUGCAGCUGCAUUCAACGACGUUGCUGCUUGGAUAUUGUUGGCCUCGGCCGUGGCCCUAACAGGCAACGGCUCAGGUGAAACUCACAAGAGCCCCUUAAUAUGCAUAUGGGUUCUUAUUUCUGGAGUUGCUUUCGUUGCUUUUAUGUUAAUUCUGGUCCGGCCCAUGAUGAGCUUGGUUGCUCGUCAGUGCUCUGCAGAGCAAGACUAUGCUAUUGAUGAAGCUUGUAUAUGUUUGACCUUGGCUGGGGUAAUGUUAUCCGGGUUCAUGACAGACCUUAUAGGAAUCCAUGCAAUUUUUGGUGCAUUUGUAUUUGGACUAACAAUUCCUAAGGGAGGCGCAUUCGCAGCAAAAUUGAUAAAAAGGAUCGAGGACUUCGUAGCUGGUUUGCUUCUUCCGCUUUACUUUGCGUCUAGCGGGUUAAGGACGGACGUGGCUAAAAUUCAAGGCGUAGAGGCGUGGGGACUUUUGUUGCUUAUUAUAUCGACGGCUUGCGCAGGGAAGAUUCUUGGGACGUUCGUGGCGGCGAUGCUGUGCAUGAUUCCCGUAAGAGAGUCAUUGACGCUUGGCGUUUUGAUGAAUACCAAAGGGUUGGUGGAGCUCAUUGUUCUCAACAUUGGCAAAGAAAAAAAGGUUCUAAAUGAUGAAAUGUUCGCCAUUUUAGUCCUGAUGGCACUUUUUACCACUUUCCUGACAACUCCAGCAGUCAUGGCCAUAUACAAACCUUUGCGUCGUUUGGAACGAGCAUUGCCCCCAGCUCAAAACUCAGAAGAUGAGCUUCGAAUCCUGGCAUGUGUCCAUGGAGCUGGCAAUGUACCUUCACUCAUCAACCUUAUCAAGUCAAUCCACACCACCAAGAAAUUCCCACUGAAGCUAUAUGUCAUGAACCUUGUAGAGCUGACUGAUCGAUCUUCAUCUAUUUUGAUGGUUCAGAGGGCCCUAAAGAAUGGUUUUCCCCUCGUUAAUCGCCUAUGUCGAGGCACCAAACAUGACCAAAUUGCAGCUGCCUUUGAGGCGUAUGGCCAACUUGGGAGAGUCACCAUCCACCACUCAACAGCAAUUUCAGCGUUGUCAACAAUGCAUGAAGAUAUUUUCCAUGUAGCAGAGGAUAGAAGGGUAGAAAUGAUCAUCUUACCUUUCCACAAGCAGUGGAGAGGGGAGGGCGAGGAGGCAAUUGAGAAUGUCGGCCAUUGCUGGAGAGAGGUCAAUCAAAGGGUGCUAGAAAGCGCACCGUGCUCAGUGGCAGUUCUUAUAGACCGAGGAUUCAAUAGUUGUCCGUCAGAGCAAGCGGCAGAACCCGCCACCGAAAUGCCAAAAAGAGUAGGCAUUCUGUUCGUAGGAGGACCAGAUGAUCGUGAAGCUCUAAAGCUCAGUGGGAGAAUGGCUGGACAGCAAUUAGCUCAUGUGACUAUUGUGAGGUUCCUCCAAAGGGAUGGGAACAGAAGGGAGAAGGAACUGGACGAGAUUGCAUUGGCAGAGUUUAAAAGGUGUAAUGGAUCUGUACAAUACGAAGAGAAGGAGGUCAACAGCGUGGCAGAGGAAGUGCAGAGGAUAGGAGAAAGCAGAGUGUAUGAAAUUCUCGUCGCUGGGAUGGGGCAGCAGCUCCUAUCAUCUAUGGAAGUAACAGGAAAUAAUACGGAGAGUGAAGAAUUGGGAGCUAUGGGAGAUAUUCUGUCUUCAGCAUAUCUAGGCAACUUUCCAUCUACCCUAGUGAUCCAACGACGAGAAGGAACAGAUGACAAUGAAGGCACCUUCUCCAACAUGUUAUGAUCGUAUAUCUGUUAUGGUGAAAUGGGAUGAUAAAGUGUGGCUUGUUGAUCUUUUAAGUUAUUGGAAUCUUUAGGUCUUGAACAGGUUCAUGUCCAGCCCAGAAAGUGAACCAGAAUCCAAAUCUAGAACCACGAAAGUUAGGAGAAUCACUAAUCAUGUUAAUAAAUAAACCUUUACGUCCUCUCAAAUGGUUUCAAAAUUUUCAUGUUCCUUAAUGAUAACUCAUUUAGAGAUACUGUAAGAUUUGCCUCGAUUGCAAAUGAAAAUUAACCCAGUGGAGCUGGAAAUAAAUGUCGAUAUGUCUUGGGGCAGUGUCUUUUGCUUAAGCGCCCACAUGCAGUGAAAGCUACAACAGCAAAGGCAAAUCUUAUAAGAAUUAAACUUCUGGACAAGAGUUAUGCCAUGACAACAAGAACAUGUUUUGCAUCCAGGUUAAUUUGCAAAUUAAUCUUCCAUUACUUCAUAGUUUUGGUCAAAACAUGAAACAAUUCUAAAGAUUACGAGAAAUAAAAUAAAUAAAAGGAUGAAAAAUUCAUUAACUACAGUUGGUACAGAUCCAAAGCAAUUUUGAAUUUUCAUGUCACAAAUAAUGUUUCCUCACUCACGACAGUCCUAUUUCCAUCACUCACAACAGUCCUAUACUCCUAUUUCCAACCGUGCAAUUAGCCCUUUCCAUCCACGGUUUUACAAAUAUAAACUACCAUCAAACACGAAACUUACCCAAACAAUUACAAAGUAAAAUUAUUAAAGAUUAAAAAAAAAAAAGGAAAAAAGGGGCAAAA